AUGAAUAAUAGCACGAGAUCAGCAUCAACCAACGAGUACACUGUCGGUUGGAUUUGUGCCAUCAGUACCGAGCUAACCGCCGCGACCGCGUUCCUCGACGAGAAAUUUGACGCACGAGAAUACAAUCUGCCCGACGACGACAAUAAUGACUAUACGUUGGGUCGAAUUGGUGGACACUAUGUCGCUAUCACAGUCCUACCAGCAUAUGGCACUGAUACGGCGGCGGCGGUUGCAAAAGACAUGAUGCGCAGCUUUCCCAGCAUCAGAAUUCGGCUCAUGGUUGGCAUCGGUGGCGGCGCACCAACCUCAAAACACGACAUUCGCUUGGGCGACAUUGUGGUCAGCAUUCCUCAUAACGGGAAAAGUGGUGUGUUACAGUAUGACUUUGGCAAAACGAUGCAAGAUCAGGAGUUCCAAAUGACGAGGGUCUUGAACCAGCCUCCACAGAAUCUGCUGGCGGCGGUUAAUGGUCUCCGCACAAAUUACGAGACAUGUGGCGAUGCUGCACCGAGCGUUGUGCCGCGGACCAAGAGGCCUUCAGACAAAAAUAUUACAAUACAUUAUGGCCUAGUUGCUUCCGCAAAUCAAGUCAUGAAGGACGCUACCACUCGAGAUAAACUGGCGCUACACAAUGAAGUCUUGUGCUUCGAAAUGGAAGCUGCUGGACUUAUGAACGAUUUUUCAUGCUUGGUUAUCCGCGGCAUAUGCGACUACUCAGAUUCGCACAAAAACAAGGAUUGGCAAGGGUAUGCAGCAAUGGCAGCGGCCGCAUACGCGAAAGAUCUUCUCAAUCGACUUCGUCCAAUCCGUGCAGAGUCUUCCCACGUCAUACCGAGCCAGUUGGAGAGUGAUCAGAGAGCAGGAGAACAUCAGCCAUUUCCUGCUGAUAAGCUAGAAAUGAUGCUAAAGUCUCUGUAUUUUGAGCAAAUUGGAGCCCGCCAUUUGACAAUAAAGAAUGCUCAUGCAAAAACAUGUAAAUGGUUGAUCAAGCAUCAAGCAUAUCUGGACUGGCAGGAUCCCAGUAAACUAGAGUCACAUCACGGUUUUCUCUGGAUCAAAGGAAAAGCAGGAACUGGUAAAUCGACAUUGAUGAAAUUCGCCCUUACAGAUGCUCAGAAGAAGAUGAAGGAUAAAAAAAUCAUAGCGUUCUAUUUUAACGCACGAGGCGGAGAUCUGGAGAAAUGCACAACUGGCAUGUAUCGGUCACUGCUAUUACAACUCUUUGAACGACUUCCGGAACUUCAGAGUAUUUUAUCCUCAUUCCCAUUGACAGGAGUCAGAGAAGAUUACAAUUGGAACAUCCAACAAUUGAAAUCUCUAUUUGAAGAAGCUAUACACAAUAUCAGGGACGAUGCAGUGGUAUGCUUCAUUGAUGCGCUGGAUGAGUGCAACGAGGAUGAAAUUCGGGAUAUGGUGUCCUUUUUCCAGAAUGUUGGUGAAUUCACUACAUCCGACGACAUUAAAUUUCUAGUCUGCUUCUCAAGCAGGCACUAUCCUCACAUAUCCAAGAAAAACGCGCUACAUCUCAUCCUCGAAGGGCAAGAAGGGCACAAUCAAGACAUAAGCAACUACAUACACAGCGAACUGAACAUUGGGAAAAGCAAACUUGCUGAAGAUAUUCGCGCCACCGUACAGAAAAAGUCGGCAGGCAUCUUUAUGUGGAUCGUCCUAGUUGUAGAGAUUCUGAACAAGGAAUAUGAUGGCGGCCAUAUACAUAGGCUGCGGCAACGACUUGACGACAUUCCUGAGGAUCUACACCAGCUCUUUCGUGAUAUUCUGACUCGAGACAGUUAUCGCAGAAAUGAGCUUCUUUUGUGCAUUCAGUGGUUAUUAUUUUCACGACAGCCAUUAAAGCCCGAAGAACUCUAUUUUGCUGUCCUCUCCAGCCCUGGACCUGAAAGCGUUGAUAGCUGGAAUGUUGACGAAAUAUCCAUUGAAGACAUAAAGAAGUUCAUUCUCAGUUGUUCAAAAGGACUUGCAGAGAUAACCAAAUCGAAAAAUCCAACUGUUCAAUUCAUCCAUGAGUCUGUUAAAGACUUUUUACUCAAAGAGAAAGGAUUGAAGGAAAUUUGCACCGAUUUUGGAGAUGGCUUUAAAAGACAAAGUCAUGAACGAUUGAAACAAUGCUGUCUUCAAUGUCUCAAUGGAAAACAUGAAAGUGAGGAAAUUCCUGAAUUACUUUCUAGCGCAUCAUCCAGCGGUGCAAAGGAUCUUCGCCAGCUGCUUCGAGACAAAUUCCCAUUCCUUGGUUAUGCUGUGCGAAACGUUUUAUAUCACGCAAAUGCAGCGGAGAUGGGUCACGACGAGCAAGCUAUCUUCUUCCAAGCUUUCGAUUUUGAUAACUGGAUUACACUAAACAAUGCGUUUGAAAGAUACCAAAUACGCCAACUCGAUCGAACUGUUACCCAGUUAUACGUACUGGCGAUACACAAUGCAGGAAAUUUGAUUCGAUACCAUCCAUCAAGGUUAUCUUGUUUUGAAACAGAAAAUAGUCGCUAUGGGCUACCAAUGCUUGCAGCAUUAGUUGCAAAUAGCUAUGAUGCGGUCGAAGCAUUCUUAGAAGUUCAUGCUCGUACAGCAUUAUCAGAUGAUCACCCGAAAGCAUCCAUCCUCCACCAACUAUAUAAACAAUACCUCCAGGAUGCAAAUAAACGAAAGUGGGGUUCGAAAGAUUUCCAAUUUUCGCGACAAAAGAAUAUCCUUUCUCAUUUAGCAGGAUAUGGCGAUGCCAUAGUUACAUCUUUUUGGCUCAAUUGGGCCGACGUUGAUGUUAAUCUGCCAAAUGAACAGGGAGAUACAGCACUCGUUGUGGCAGCAGGAAAAGGAAAUGAUGAUGUCGUCAACCUUCUACUUGAGCAUCAUGCCCAUAUUAAAGCAAAGAAUGCACGCGACGGAUUGCCGCAGCAUAGAGCAGCCCUCUCGGGACAUGAGUCUACUAUUAAGAUACUUAUAGAGGCUGGUGCCGAUAUUUUGGCAAAAGAUGGGGAACAAAGAUCGCCGCUACAUUGCGCGGUUGCCGAGGGACAUACAGCUGUUAUUGAAGUA